UUGACACCUCCAAUACAGACUACCCCGCAGCCUCUGUCCCGCACACACGACAGUCGACGCUCGACAGCAUACAGUUCGCAACACAAUGGCAGGCGGCGGUCCAGGCGCAGCCUCCCGCGGUCGCAGCGGCAAGUUCAGGAAGUACACCCGCGGAGGUGGCAAGCACUUCUCUCGCGACCUUCAACCACGUGAUGCCGACGGCAACGAAGUGAGCAUGUGGAGCGAGGACGCCGUGAGGCAACUCGGGGCGUCCGACGAGGACGAGGAGGAGUCUGAAGAGGAGGAGUCGGAGGAAGAGUCGGAGGCCGAGGCCGGCGGCGCCGGGCCUUCGACGACGGCUACCGCGCUCAGCCGCGAGGAGCGCAAGAAGGAGAAGAAGGCCCGCAAGGAGGCCGCCAUCGCCAAGGCAAAGAAGCAGGUCCAGGUUGGCGACCUGCCGCCGAGCGAAUCGGAAGAGGAGAGCGAAGAGGACGACCUGCCCGCGAAUCCCAACCACUCGCGCCAGGCUCGCAACCAAACUAAGCCAUCCAGCGUCGAUGAGGCCGCCGAGGGCGUGGGGAAGCUGAGCGUGGCGCCUAGCAGGCGCGAGCGCGAGGCGAUGGAAGCGCAGGCGGCGAAGGAGAGGUACCGCAAGCUGCACGAGGCCGGCAAGACGGACGAGGCCAAGGCCGAUCUCGCCCGCUUGAAGAUCAUCCGGGAGAGGCGAGAAGCCGAGGCAGCGCGGAAGCAGGUAUGUUGUUUACGGUUUGAUUGAGGGACCCGACAGCACUAACCACUUCGCGCAGGCUGAGAAGGAGGAGAGGGAGGCUCGAGAGAGGGAAAAACGGGCCGAGAUCGAGGCAAGGGAAGCCAAGAGGCGCGAGGCAGCCCUUGGCCCGAAGAAGGGCAAGAAGAAAUGAAGCAUCUUCCAUAGGU